UGGGCCGGCGAUGGCCGAGGAGGAGGGUGCCGGGCCCGGCUCCUGUCAGCGGGCGCGAGCGGCCAUGGCGCGGGAGAGGACAACACUCGUAUGAAGAAAGAAAGAGCAGUAUGAUGGAUUCAGAAGAUCUUGUCAUAACAAGUUCAAAGCAAGAUAUUGCUCAUCACAUUGUAAAAGUUAGCUCAGGUAAACAUUACUUUUGUGGAUAUUGUGCAGCCUUCACCAAUAUAGCAAUCACCUUUCCCAUCCAGAAGGUCCUCUUUCGACAACAACUGUAUGGAGUGAGAUUAAGGGAGGCAGUAUAUCAGUUACAGAAAGAUGGAAUCCGAAACCUGUACCGUGGACUCCUCCCUCCAUUAAUGCAGAAAACUACAACUCUUGCCCUGAUGUUUGGCUUGUAUGAGGAUUUCUCCUCCCUGCUCCAGAGGCACACAAAUGCACCUGAACUUGUGACUUGCAGUGUGGCAGCAGUGCUUGCAGGAACAUCAGAAGCUCUUCUUACACCUUUUGAGCGGGUCCAGACUUUGCUUCAGGACUACAAACAUCAUGACAGAUUUACAAACACUUACCAGGCUUUCAGGGUGCUAAAAGACUAUGGAAUUAAAGAAUAUUAUCGGGGUUUGGUACCUAUUCUGAUCCGAAAUGGACCGAGUAAUGUACUCUUUUUUGGCCUGCGAGGACCCAUCAAGCAGUGUCUUCCCGAAGCAACUUCUUAUAGUGCUCAUUUGGUCAAUGACUUUAUCUGUGGAGGGCUGUUAGGUGCCAUGUUGGGAUUCUUGUUUUUCCCAAUUAAUGUUGUAAAAGCUCGCAUGCAGUCUCAAAUUGGUGGGGAAUUUCAGUCUUUUCCAAAAGUUUUCAUGAAGAUUUGGCUGGAACGUGAUAGAAAACUGACGCAUCUUUUCAGAGGAGCCCAUCUGAAUUACCAUCGCUCUAUUAUAUCCUGGGGCAUAAUCAAUGCAACAUAUGAAUUCUUGCUUAAGUUAUUAUGA